AUGUCGGAAAAGUUGAAAAUAGCGCCUCUUGUUGGUUCAAGUCUCUUGACUCUCAAACACCUAACUGCGGAUCUGAAGGGUCACGGCGGGCCGCAGGCUUCCCUGGUCAACUCAUCUUUGGCUAGGUUUAAGCUUUGGUCGGCCAGCUCAGGAGCAUCCCGGGUCCGAGGAACACGCUCCCUCGAAUACAAAGUCCGAGAUGCAUUGUCUCUCCGCAACCAUGUUAUCUCCCUACUCAAGGAUUUGUGGGAUGCCGCGGACGAAGCCCGCCGGUCCUUGACAGAUGAUUUCUCAAGCGGUCAGGAUGAAGAGCGCCCAUUUCUUGUCGUUGACGACCUGGCCCAGUACUUUUCUAAGAACAUUGGCCCGGAGAUAUCCGUUUUUGAUGAAUUCCUUGAUGAUAUCAAGCGCAUCGUUGACCGCCUUCUUCGACUCACUGUUGUAUUCAAAAAUCCUACGCCUCACGAACAGGUCUUGCCCAUGCACGCGGACAAUUUGAUCAACCAUGUGUCGCAUGUACAAAUAAAGUUUCCUGGGAUUCCAGAUUACCUAGCAGAGCGACUGGGAGGCAUGUUUUCAAAGAUCUCCAACCAUACAUCUGCUUAUCGAACAGUUGCCCCACGCCAAACAGACUUGGAGGAAUUCGAAGAACAUACUACAUCCAAACACAAAUACGAGGUAUCUCGGCAACAUUUGGACGGCCUGUUGGAACUGUGUUGCGUUCCUGAUCCCACCAAAGCCUGUGGACGAUGCAUACUUUGCAAUCAUCAACUCGCCUCAGACAAGCUUCACAUCUCACAUGUCGCCUCGCACCUUGAACAGCUUGCUCUUCAUCCUCUCCCGCUGCUAGAUUACGAUCAUGAUCAAAAUAUCGAUGGGUGCGUGGAAGUGGACAAUCAGAUUGACGAUGACAAGUCCAGUAACACCAAUGGCGAGUCCGAAGAAGAAGAAAGCGACCAAGGCCAAGUCAAUACUGAUGACAACGAUGAGUAUGCAGUCUAUGAAGAGAGUGCCGGUGGAAAGGAAGAUCCAGAAGACAUUCCAGCUCAGUCAGGCUGGAGCAUAUCUUUCAACAUAAAAAUGCUGCAGGGGUCAGCCACUACGGUUUUCAAGGCCUAUGUCGAUCCACAAAUAUCCAAGCUGCUUGUCGACAAAUGGGGUUCCUACCAUGGGCUUGUGUCUGAAGAUCUCAUUCGCAGUCAUGAAAAACAUGGUCAUCAGUUUAUUCUCAAAGAGAAGCUCGACGACCAGUAUCUAUUCGAAUACAAGGGAACUUAUGUGAGAGGCAUCGGACGAAUAAAAUGGGUAUGGUAUGAAGAUGUGCCGAGGCCCAGUGAGGAGUUGACGUUCGUACAUCUUCUCAUAUGCAGUGAUUUACCAGGCGGAAUCAACAUAAUUGUUAAGGACAAGCCGGGAGGGAAUUGCACUGUCAAGUCAGUUUCUGUAACGGAUACGAAGGCAAAAAGCCGGUUGAGAAUUAAAUCCAAAACCCUUUGGUACUGCGUAAGUUCACCGUUUAACCCCACCAACAUGUUUUCCCGUCAUCUAACGGGCUUUGAUAGUCUCAUUGCGGAUAUGGCCCCUUGCGUUAUGACCGGGACGAAUUUUGUCCAGGUUGUCAGCACCGGAGAUGUUCUGUGUGUCAAGUUACUACCAUCGACUAUGACCCUAGAAGCUACCUAA